UGGCAGGUGGCGGUAAUGCGCGUUAACAUUGGUUGCCACUCUCCAUUAAAAAAAAGAAGAAGAAGAAAAACGAGAAGCGGAAGUGCUGCCCGGGCGACGUCAAGCCCGCGAAACACAAGUGGCUUGUUUACCCCGGGGAAGGAAACCGAGGAGCGGGCUGCGUCCCUGUACGAUACGGACUUCAGACCACAUCCCUUCAGUAUGCUGAUAAGCCCAGAACAGGAGGCGGUGAUUGGCCGGGUUUUUGAAACCUAUCUGAGGGAGCAUCAUCAUGGUGACAUUCUCCAGCUUAUUGCAGAUACUAAUGAAGAGACCCAUCAACCUGUUGUUGUUAACGCCAUGACAUUGUUUGAAGCCAACAUGGAGGUUGGGGACUAUUUCAAUGCUUAUCCCGAUGAUGUCCUGGCUCUAUUUGAUAAAGUGUUGCAGAGAACGGCCAUGGAGUUAUCACAGAAUGCUUCUCCCAAGCACUGCAGAGGAAGAAGGACGAAAGAGAGGAGAAUGAGGCACACUCUUCAUGCCCGCAUUACAGGACUUCCAGUGUGUCCAGAACUGACCAGAGACACCAUUCCCAGGUCCAGAGAUGUAGGCCACUUCUUGUCUGUCACGGGUACUGUCAUACGCACCAGUGUUGCCAAGGUUCUGGAAUACGAGCGUGAUUACAUGUGCACAAAGUGUCGUCACGUUUUCACGAUGCAGGCCGAUUUUGACCAGUUCUAUGCCUUUGUCCCACCGGUGGCCUGCCCUAAUCCUGAUGGCUGUAACUCAUACAAAUUCAGCUGUCUUUCUGGAGGAUCUGAGCCUGCUGCCUGCAGGGACUAUCAGGAGAUCAAGAUACAAGAGCAAGCCCAGAGGCUGUCAGUGGGGAGUAUUCCUCGUUCCAUGGCGGUGGUCCUUGAAGAUGACCUGGUUGACAGUUGUAAAUCUGGAGAUGAUGUGACCGUCUAUGGGGUGAUGUGCCAGCGCUGGAAGCCCUUUUAUGAUGACGCUCGCUGUGAAGUGGAGCUGGUCCUCAAAGCCAACAACAUAGAAGUAAACAAUCAGCAAGCUGCUGCUGCUCUGCUCAUGAAGGACAUUCAGCAAGAAUUUGAAGCCUUCUGGGAAAGCUACAAACAUGAUCCCAUAGCUGGUAGGAACCAGAUAUUGUUGAGCCUGUGCCCACAGGUAUUUGGCAUGUAUGUGAUUAAACUGGCAGUGGCCAUGGUGUUGGCUGGUGGAGUGCAGAGGAUAGAUUCUUCUGGGACCAAGAUAAGGGGUGAGUGCCAUAUGUUGCUGGUUGGUGACCCCGGCACAGGGAAGUCUCAGUUCCUGAAGUAUGCAGCUAAGAUAAUGCCUCGCUCUGUACUCACAGCUGGAAUCGGAUCAACUAGUGCAGGACUGACAGUAGCAGCGGUGAAAGACGGCGGUGACUGGCACCUGGAGGCAGGAGCCCUGGUCCUGUCAGAUGGUGGUUUGUGCUGCAUUGAUGAAUUCAACAGCAUCAAGGAACACGACCGCAUCAGCAUCCAUGAAGCUAUGGAGCAACAGUCUAUUAGUGUGGCCAAAGCUGGUAUGGUGUGUAAGUUGAACACUCGUAGCACCAUCCUGGCAGCUACCAACCCUAAAGGCCAGUACGAUCCCAACGAGCCGCUGUCUGUGAAUGUAGCUCUGGCCAGCCCUUUGCUGAGUCGUUUCGACCUGGUCCUAGUUCUGCUGGACACCAGAAACCCAGAGUGGGACCGCAUCAUCUCCUCUUUUAUUCUGGAGGACAGAGGACUGCCUGCCGACUCCUCCAGCCUGUGGUCCAUGGAGAAGAUGAAGGCUUAUUUCAGUGUGAUUAAACGCUUGCAGCCACGGGUGUCUGAGGAGGCCAACAGCAUCUUGACACGUUACUACCAGCUGCAGAGACAAAGUGGCGGCCGCAACGCCGCCCGCACCACCAUCCGUAUGCUGGAGAGUCUGAGCAGGCUGGCCGAAGCCCAUGCCAGGCUCAUGUACAGAGAGACUGUGACCAUAGAGGAUGCUGUCUUGGCUGUCUCUGUCAUGGAGUGCUCAAUGCAGGGCGGUGCUCUGCUGGGAAAUGUAAAUGCAUUACUCACCUCAUUCCCUGCUGACCCCAGUCAGCAGUACCAAACUCAGUGUCAGAUACUACUGGAAGGACUGAACCUGCCGCGGCUCCAUCGGAAGGAGAUGGAGAGACUGGCCAGGCUAAAGUGCUACAUCUCCGAGGCCUCCCAGUUUGAUCCAUCAACUGAUAAUUACCAGCAUCAACUCAGAGACACACACACCAUCAACAAUGCACACUGCAGUCACAUCACCAGUGAUUGCAAGGGGGAUCUCACAGUAGAAAGUGGCUUGGACUGGUUCCACUCCAUCACUCCAUCACUAUCACCAGAUGAUAUGACUUCACCCAUAAUUACAUCAACUCAAGAAAACCUGAGUAGAAAACUAAACUCCAGUUGGUCAGAAACAUCUCCAACAAUCAAACAGCCAAACCCUCAAACUGAGAAGGACAUUCAAAGUAACACGAGCUCAACAUCAAACCAUGAUGGAACAAUUAUCUCUGCUUCAGAGGAAGAAAACAGAACAAGUGAGAAAAAUGAAAACAUUACAGAGCAAAGGUCUAUAACCCAAGCGGAGGAAAAGCAGCCUGAGAGACAAAAAGAUGAACAACAACCGACAUCAGUGGGAUGUGUGAUUCAGAAGGUCUCCAAGAACCAGAGAGACAGAAGACUGAAGGAGCUGGAGCUGAAUAAUCAGCAGUGUGACAAAGAGGGAGGAGGGGCACAUGGAGAGAGGGUGGUGUCCGUAAAUAGUGUAAGUAAAAAUGUGAUUGACGUUUUAAAUACGACUUCAGAUUCCCACAGUAGGAGCACACUGUCAUCAGGUAAAAACUUCCCCUCAAGUAACCUAAUCCAGGAUAACCAGUCCUCUGGCAAAGAAAGUAGAUUUGAGAAGAUAGACCAGAGGGACCAGAGUGGGGCCAAGAACAUUUGCACUGUGCUAAGGGAAAAGAUGGCAGCUGAAGCUGAAACAGGUAAAGACUUGCGUGCAAAGUUGUCAGACUUUAUAUUCAAACCAAGGAAGAUGAGACCUUCACUCCACAGCCACGACUUUAAUGCCAGCGGGGACGUCAGUGCAGAGUUACAAACUGAAUCUAACCUAGGCAGCAGAGAUAUCCACAGCUACACAGAAAGCAGAAUAAGUAAACAGAGGCCGGUUAGUCAUGGUGAGUCAGCCAUCUUACUUACAGACACAGAGAAGAAUGAGAGAGAGAUGAAAGAGAACCAGUGCCAACAUUUUUCCGAAGGUGGAAGCAGGAGGAAACAGGUGAGCUGUGUCAGUGAGGUGGGAGAGAUUGGGUCUGAUAGUACUUGUUUCACAUCAGUAGAGCUGGACGAGGAUGUUUUUUUCUCUGGAAAGGACAAAUCGGCACGCAGAGAAGCCUUGGGUAGAAUAAAGCGGAGUAAUGAUACAGAAAAUCUGUGCCAACAACAAAGAACCACAGGCAACACUUGUGAUCAGACUACAGUUGAUGACUUUAUUGGCACCCCACCUUUAAAUUCAAGGACUGACAUCAGUGAUCCGGCACCGUUCCAGUCUGGCCACAGCAAGUCCACUGUGGCCUGCUCAACCCUGGCUAAACUCUCAAGAUUCUCGUUCACCUGCACAACUAAACCUACGACCACCUCUCAAACGAAAGUGGAAAAAAAACCUCCCGCUGCAGUGCUAAAAGGUUCAUUGAAAAGAAACGGUGCUGAAUGCUCGAGAGCAAAUUCUCAAGUCAAGAAAACUUUAAAUUUCCCCGAGCACAGUCCCUCAAUAAAGAAGAUGGAGACUGAAGUCACUGUGGGCAAAGUAAAGGAUGUAUUAUCCCCCCCAGCCACAGUGCUCACACUGGGACAGGAACGUGAACAAGGGACAAAGUCACCAGAUAAAACAAGGUGCAAGGCAAAGCAGACAGAUCCUACUCACGCUGGGAAAAAAAUCAUGAAUAAUGGUCCUGUUGACUAUGAAAGCAAAGUCAGUCUGAAGAAGAGAAAGUGUUUUGAGCUGGGCCCCCCACCAAGCGGUGGUGGUGGUUCCAAGGUAUCAUUUUCAGGACUGUCCCUGUUUGGCUCUGUUGAGUUGAGUAAUGAUGUUCUUGACACUGACUGGGACCAAGAGGUCUCAAAGAAAGCCAGAGUUUGAAAUCAUGGGCUGCUGUACCAAUGUGUUUGUGGAUAAAGAAGAAUACCACAGUAAUCUAUCAUUGUCACUUCAUAUCACAUUUUGCUGUGGGGAUCAUCAUUUCAAUGCUUUGCCUGAUGUAUGAUUUAGUUACCUCUUUCAGCCUGACAAUAAAUCUGUUAAAUUGUUCCACA